ACAACAACUGAGGGCUAAUACGGCUAAUAGGUCUGGCCAUUGGAUCAAGAUUCCGCCCGCAUCGUCCUUCCUGGAGCGUCCCGACGGUCCCGACCGACCCUCCCGACUCCAAACCAUUCAUACCAGGUAAACGCCACCCGCCACCCAGUCAGACUAUCAACAUCAUCCCGAAAUCGCCGGAUCCCAUCGCCAGUGAUAUCAACCGUGGUCAACAUGAGUGACUCCGAGGAGGAACGCAAUUCGGUUAACGCCUCGGGUUCCGAGGACGAGGACGAAGAUCCCGACGAUCCGGCGCCUCAAAGAGCCGAUCCCCCGGCCCGCGGGGGCGGAGGUGGGGCCGGGGGCGGUGGCGGUCAAAAGCGCAAAAAGAGCCGAUUCCAAGAUUCGGAGGAAGAAUCCGAUGAGGACGACGAGGACGAUGAGGAGGAAGACGAUGAUGACGACGAUGAAGAUUAUGGGCGUGGUCGCGGUGGUCAGUCCAAGAAGAAGAAGAAAGUACGUUCGGAUUUCAUCAUCGACGAGGCCGAAGUGGACGAUGACACGGAAGAGACCGAGGACAUGUGGGAGGAUGACGGGGGCGUGGGCGAGGACGGAUUCGCCAAUGAAGCGGACGAAGCGGGACGCACGGCCCGCGACAUUGAAGCGCGCAUGCGCAAAGAGCGCGGUGAACGCGGCGGAGGACUUGGAUUCGACGACGAAGGCAUUGAUGCCGAGGCCAUCGAGGAGUACUACCGCAAACGCUACAACGAGGAUGUGGCGGCCAUCGCCCGAUUCGGCGAGGGUGGCGAGGAAAUGUCCGACGAAAUCACCCAACAGACUUUCCUGCCCGGCGUCAAGGAUCCCAACCUCUGGAUGGUCAAGUGUCUCCCGGGUGCGGAGAAGCAAACCGUGCUGCGGAUCAUGAACAAAUUCAUCGCUUACCAACACACGGAGGAGCCCAUGCAGAUCCGCUCGGUGGUGGCGCCCGAACACGUCAAGGGCUACAUCUACGUGGAGGCCUUCAAACAGACCCACGUCAAGCAGCUCAUCGAGGGCAUUUCGGCCCUCAAACUGGGCGUGUACAACCAACAGAUGGUGCCCAUCCGCGAGAUGACCGACGUGCUCCGCGUGGUCAAGGAGCAAUCCGGCUUCAAGCCCCGCCAAUGGGUGCGCUGCAAACGCGGCGUCCACAAAGACGAUCUGGCUCAAGUGGACUACGUGGACACCAGCCAGAACAUGGUGCACCUCAAGCUCCUGCCCCGCAUCGAUUACACGCGCCCGCGAGGAGCAUUGAGAACCAUGGCGGGCGGGGCGGCGGCCCAAGAUCUGAAGAAGAAGAAGAAGCGACCGGCGGCCAAGCUCUUCGAUCCCGAGAAGGUCCGCUCCAUCGGUGGCGAGAUCACCAACGACGGAGACUUCAUGGUCUUCGAAGGCCAACGGUAUUCGCGCAAGGGCUACCUGUACAAGAACUUCACCAUGAGUGCCAUCUUGGCCGAAGGCGUGAAACCCACCCUGACGGAACUGGAAAAGUUCGAGGAGACGCCGGAGGGGAUCGAUAUCGAGUUGCCCGCUUCGGACAAGGAGGAGAUUUCACACGCCUUCUCCAACGGGGACAAUGUCGAGGUCGUGGACGGUGAGUUGGUCAACUUGCAAGGGAAGGUGAUUGCCGUGGACGGGUCCAAGAUCACCAUCCAACCCAAGCACGAAGACCUCAAGGACCCGUUGGAGUUCCAAGCCGGGGACCUUCGAAAAUACUUUAGCCAAGGCGAUCACGUCCGAGUGAUCGGAGGGCGCUAUGAGGGCGAUACCGGCCUGAUCGUGCGCGUCCAGGAAAAUCUGAUCGUGCUCUUCUCGGAUCUGACCAUGCACGAGCUGAAGGUCUUGCCCAAGGACUUGCAGUUGUGCACGGACAUGGCCACGGGCGUGGACACCUUGGGUCAGUUCUCCUUCGGGGACAUGGUCCAAUUGGACGCCCAAACGGUGGGCGUGAUCGUGCAGAUCCAGAAGGAGACCUUCCAGGUGCUGAACAUGCACGGCAAAGUGAUCAGUGUCAAGCCCGCAGCUCUGCAGAAGAAGCGCGAAAACCGCAAUGCCGUGGCGCUCGACUCCGAGCAGCAUCAAGUGCAAAAAGGCGACGUGGUCAAGGUCAUCGAUGGGCCGCAUUCCGGACGCCAGGGACAGAUCAAGCACUUGUUUCGAAACUACGCUUUCUUGCAUUCACGGAUGAUGCUGGACAACGGCAACAUCUUUGUGUGCAAGUGCCGACAUCUCAAUCUGGCAGGGGGAGGCUCGAAGGUGGCUAACAAGCCGGGUCUGGGCAUGGGCGGUGGAUCCUCGCACCCGGGCUUUAUGUCGCCCCGACUCUCAUCUCCGAUGCAUCCCUCGCAAGGUGGAGGCGGCAAUCGAGGCGGCGGCGGAGGAGGAGGUGGUGGUGGGCGUGGGGGUCGAGGUCGGGGCCGGGGUCGGGGCUCCAUCGGGCGUGAUCGCGAGCUCAUUGGACAGACCAUCAAGAUCACCCAAGGACCGUACAAAGCCAGUAUUGGCAUCGUGAAAGAUGCCACCGAGACCACGGCCAGAGUGGAGCUCCAUUCCACGUGCAAGACCAUCUCCGUUGAUCGAUCGCGUAUCGCCAUCGUGGGCGGGCCGCAGCGUGGAUCCAUCUCGACGUACACGCGCACGCCCAACUACAGUGGCUCGGGCACGCCCAUGUAUGGCUCAACCACGCCCGGUGGCCACCAUGGCGGUCGCACGCCCAUGUAUGGAUCUCAAACGCCCAUGCACGGGGAUGCGGGCUCGAGGACGCCUCAUUAUGGCAGUAUGACGCCUUCUCACGGCGAAGACGGCUCUCGUACACCUGGUCGAUCCGGUGCUUGGGAUCCUACCGUGACCAACACGCCGGCCGCAUCGCGCGACUUUGACGACUACAGUUUCGACGAUACCACUCCUUCGCCGAAUUACAAUCCGGGCACGCCGGGAUACACCGCUCAGGAGAGUCCGUCGAACACGUACACACCCGCCACGCCGGGAUCCGUGUACAACCCCCAAGAAGGCUAUUCACCCUACCAAACUUCGCCCAGCCCCACGGGCUACCAAUCCACGCCCAGUCCCAACACCUAUGUACCCACACCCAGUCCUGGCCAACCCUACCAACCCACCCCCAGCCCGGGUUAUGGGACGACACCCAGCCCCGGCCUCGGGUACAGCCCCAUGACCCCCGGAGGGAGCAGUCAUGGCGCGCCUUCGCCUUACACGGCACCCCAAACGCCGGGAUCCAGCUUGGAACUCGGGUCCAUUGAUUGGUAUUCGCCGGACAUUGAAGUGGUCAUUCGCAAUACCCAUGACGACACGGGCCUGUGUGGUCAGGUGGGUGUGAUUCGAGGCGUGACGCCGGGCAUGAGCUCGGUGUUUUUGCCGGACGAAGAUCGGACGGUGAGCAUUCCGCCCGAGCAUCUCCAACCCGUGGUUCCGGUUCGUGGAAAUAAGGUCAAGGUCAUCAUGGGCGAUGACCGCGAUUCCACGGGCACGUUGUUGGCCAUCGACACACAAGAGGGCGUGGUCAAGCUCGAUCAGAGUGGAGACGUGAAGAUGCUCCAGAUGAAGUAUCUGUGCAAAAUGAAAGCCGAUGAUUGAGACGAAUCGAAAGUUGCCGAGGGAAGAGCAACCAGAUAAACCGAGUAUGAACACACAUGAAUAACGCAAAGGAUAAUUAGGAUGAGUUGGCGAGGGGUCCAAAAGAAAAUAAAUUGUUGAAAAAGUGUC